CCACUUCACUAUCCUAUCCAUAUCCAAGUGCUCGAGCUUUCUUGAGUCUCAGUAAUACUCACUCAUCGUUGGCCUGCAACAAUGGCUCGCCACGGGGAUACUCGCUCACCAUCACCUGUAGGCAGCACAUAUUCCUCAUCCAGACGGAGUCGCAGAGACGAUGAUCGCUAUGAGAGGAGCAGGCGCGACGAUGGCAGGAGUUACCGCCGCUCACGCAGUCCGGAGCGACGAUAUCGUGACCGUGAACGCGACCGCGACCGAGACUCCUACCGGAGGCGCGACCGCUCCAUAGACAGACGUGACGACUACCGCGAUGAAGACAGUUAUCGCCCCAGCCGUCGGGAUCGCUCUCGCGAUCGGCGCCGAUCCAGAGACCGCGACGACCAGCGGGAUUACCGCCGAAGAAGCCGCGAUAGGGACUAUCGAAGCAGGCGAGAAGAUUCCCGUGAUCGGGCACGGAGACGGACAGAUGAUUCUGCUGACUUGAAGCACAAGUCUAGACGGGACGACAGCCGGGAUCGGGCCAGACACUCGCGGUCCAGGUCUCGUGAUGCAUCGAAACCGUCGACUCCAGCAACACCCGCCGCCCAAACAGAAGACGAGAAAAGAGCGGAACGGCGCGCGAAACUGGAGGCAUGGAAACAGAAACAGGCCGCCGAGAAGGAGCGCAAACAGCGGGAAGCUGCGGCGGCUGGUGGAGCUAGGAGCAUUCUAGAGGAGAUCGAUAGAAAGUCUGGUCUAUCGCCGGCUGUCGGUUCGCCUCAAUCCCCGGCAACGCCAGCUGUUGAAGCGGCACCCGCUACGUAUGCAGGAAAGUUUGAUCCGAAGGCUAUCGCGAAGAAGGGAACAUCAACAUCUUCGCCCGCACCGGCUGUGCUGGGCAAUGAUGUUGCUGUUCCACUCCCGUCAAAACCCUCCGCCACGACCUCUGGCAGUCCUGCUCCGGCCACGAGCAGCUCUUCAUGUACGUUCCCGCCUCUUAUCUAUGCUUAUCGGUUCACGACUAACCUGAGCGUUCUAGCCACUUUGAAGGCCAAGGGUAAUGUAGGAAGAUUUGGGCUAGGAACCAGGCAGGCUGGGGAGGCCGAGAAGUCCACUGCUACACGAACCUUGGGAUUUGGAGAGGAGGAGUCAACGCGACGGAAGCUCGAGAGGCUACCCACCCCGCCUCUGGAGGAUUCGAAAGAUACCAACGGAACCACAGGUGGCGGGGCUGAAGACGAGGACGAGGAUGAUGUUGACAUGCAUGAGGGGGGCACCGAAGAAGAGAAUGCGGCAGCUGCGCGGGCAGCGGCCGAACGACGAGAGGAGCGUUUGCAAUUGGCUCAAUCCACGGACACCUCGCAGGAAGCUAACGGUGAUACUGUUAUGGAAGACGCAGCUGACAACCAGGCUCCCGACAGCAUGGAAGUUGACGCUCAGGAAGAAGAGGAGGAAGUCGAUCCAUUAGAUGCUUUCAUGUCCGAACUAGCCGAGACUGCUCCCCCGAAGAGAACGGGUGGCGCGAAGUUCUCGCGCGCCAAGGAACAACAGCCCGAGGCCAUUUUCGGUGAUGAGCACGAUGUCGACGUGACGGCUGUUGGCGAAGGAGAUGCCGAUGACUUCCUUGCGAUUGCCAACAAGGCAAAGAAGAAGAAGGACAUCCCCGCGGUUGAUCACCACAAAGUAGAAUACGAGCCGUUCCGGAGAAAGUUCUACACCGAACCCUCUGAUCUGGCGCAGAUGAGUGAGGAGGAAGCCGCAAGCCUCCGGCUGGAACUCGACGGCAUCAAAGUUCGUGGUGUGGAUGUUCCGAAGCCAGUGCAGAAAUGGUCUCAGUGUGGCUUAGGUGUGCAAACUUUGGAUGUGAUUGAAAAGCUUGGGUAUGAGAAGACCACCUCCAUCCAAGCGCAGGCCAUUCCUGCGAUCAUGUCUGGCCGAGAUGUCAUCGGUGUGGCGAAGACGGGUUCGGGCAAAACGAUUGCGUUCUUGAUUCCCAUGUUUCGGCACAUCAGGGAUCAACGGCCGUUGGAGAAUAUGGAAGGCCCUGUCGGUCUAAUCAUGACGCCUACCCGCGAGCUGGCAACACAGAUUCACAAGGACUGCAAGCCAUUCCUCAAAGCCCUCAACCUUCGGGCUGUCUGUGCGUAUGGUGGAGCUCCCAUCAAGGACCAGAUUGCGGACCUCAAGCGUGGCGCUGAAAUAAUCGUCUGCACGCCCGGACGCAUGAUCGACCUUCUCGCAGCUAACGCUGGCCGAGUCACGAAUUUGCGUAGGGUCACAUACGUCGUUCUCGACGAGGCCGACCGUAUGUUCGACAUGGGAUUCGAACCGCAAGUGAUGAAGAUCAUGGCCAACAUUCGACCUGAUCGGCAAACUGUUCUGUUCUCCGCCACCUUCCCGCGGAACAUGGAAGCGCUGGCUCGCAAGACUCUCACCAAACCGAUCGAGAUUGUGGUCGGCGGUAAGAGUGUUGUCGCACCCGAGAUCACGCAGAUUGUCGAGGUGCGCAACGACGACCAGAAGUUCGUACGCCUGCUGGAAUUGCUUGGCAAUCUGUACUCGAACGAAGAGAAUGAGGAUGCGCGGGCUCUCAUCUUCGUCGAUCGCCAAGAGGCCGCCGAUACGCUCCUCCGCGAGCUCAUGCGUAAGGGCUACCCAUGCAUGUCUAUCCAUGGCGGCAAGGACCAGAUUGAUCGUGACUCAACGAUCGAAGAUUUCAAGGCUGGUAUCUUCCCGGUUCUGAUUGCUACCUCGGUUGCGGCGCGCGGACUCGAUGUCAAGCAGCUUAAGCUUGUGGUCAACUAUGAUGCGCCCAACCAUCUCGAAGAUUAUGUUCACCGUGCUGGACGUACUGGACGGGCCGGAAACACGGGAACGGCUGUCACCUUCUUGACGGAGGACCAGGAACGGUACUCGGUCGACAUUGCGAAAGCGCUCAAGCAGAGUGGCCAGAAGAUCCCGGAACCGGUGCAAAAGAUGGUCGACUCAUUCUUGGAGAAAGUCAAAGCAGGCAAAGAGAAGGCUAGCGCAUCCGGUUUUGGUGGUAAGGGUCUGGAACGACUGGAUCAGGAGCGUGAUGCUGCGCGUCUGCGUGAACGGCGCACGUACAAGACCGGCGAAGAAGGGGAGGAAGAAGAGGAGAAGGACGAGAAGAAGAACGAACAAGCCGAAGACCGGUUCAGCAAGGCCAUCUCGUCCGUCCAGGCCACGGCGUCAGCGUCGACCAGUAUGCCCGGGGUUCCCAAGGGCAUUGAUCUGGAUGGCAAGAUCACGGUGCACAAGACCGAGAAGGAUCCCAACAGCACGUCGAAGAACCCACUGGACAAGGUGGGCUCGGCUGUUGCGGAUAUCCACGCGCGUCUGAGCCGUGCGGGCGUGAUGAGAUCCGGAGUGCCCAUCGACAACCGUGGGCCGGAUGCAGGCGCUUUCCAUGCCACCUUGGAAAUCAACGACUUUCCCCAGAAAGCUCGCUGGGCUGUCACCAACCGCACGAACGUGGCGAAGAUCCUCGAAUCCACGGGCACGUCGAUCACCACGAAGGGCAGCUUCUACGCGACGGGCAAAGAGCCUGGUCCUGGCGAGAACCCCAAGCUGUACAUCCUGGUGGAGGGCGAGACCGAGCUGGCGGUCACGAACGCCAUGCGCGAGUUGAUGCGGUUGCUGAAGGAGGGCACGAUCGCGGCGGCGGACAGCGACGCCCGGGCGCCGGUGGGUGGACGGUACAAUGUCGUUUAGUGGCGAGAGGUUUCGGGAGUUUGUAUUAUAGAUACGGUGACCAUGCUUCUGGUCUGCAUUGUAGUAAAAGUAGCCUGCUAGGGUAUUCACCAUUGCGCCAUUCGUAUACGGAAUCCCAUAUAUCACCCACACAUAUCAAGAGACAAAUCCAAAUCCAAACCAACACAAGAAAGUACUAAGCGUAU